CCAUCUGUUUGGCCUUUCGCCUCCUCAUCUUCUCCAGCAAACCCUAUAAAAGGCAUCCUAGUCCUAAUCCGAAUCUUCCCCAACUCCUCCUCGCUCUUCUCUCUGCCUUUCUUCUCCACCGCUCGAUCGUAUCGUCUCCCCGAUAAUGGAGAUGGUGCUGCAGCCGCAGAGGGCCGCCGGGAUCAGCGGCGGGUGCCGGCCCGGGCCGCCGAGGCCGGCCGCCGCCGCCACCGCCGCCACGGCGGCGAUGAUGGCCAUGCCGAGGGCGAAGCGGGAGCACGAGGAGAUGAUGGAGGCCGCGGAUGGCGCCGCGGCGGAGGUGGAGGCGGAGGCGGAGCUCCGGCGCGGGCCGUGGACGGUGGACGAAGACCUGACGCUCAUCAACUACAUCGCCGAGCACGGCGAGGGGCGCUGGAACGCGCUCGCGCGCGCCGCCGGUCUGAAGCGGACGGGGAAGAGCUGCCGGCUGCGGUGGCUCAACUACCUGCGGCCGGACGUGAAGCGCGGCGACUUCACCGCCGACGAGCAGCUGCUCAUCCUCGACCUCCACUCCCGGUGGGGCAACCGGUGGUCGAAGAUCGCGGCGCAGCUGCCGGGUCGUACGGACAACGAGAUCAAGAACUACUGGCGGACGCGGGUGCAGAAGCACGCCAAGCAGCUCAACUGCGACGUCAACAGCGCCCGCUUCAAGGACGCCAUGCGAUUCCUCUGGAUGCCGCGCCUCGCCGAGCGCGCCGCCGCCGCCCAGCACCAGCACCACCAGCAAGCGGCGGCGGCCAUCGUCUCCGGCGGCGCCGCCGUCUCCACCACCCUCAUCACGGUGCCGGAGGUGAUGACGAUGAUGAUGAACAACGAGAACGAUGACGACCGCUCCCCCUGCAGCGCGGUCACCACCGCCACCACCACCUCGUCCUCCAGCUCCCACACGUCAUCCGAAUCCACCGCGCGCGACGCCGUGCCGGUCGGUGGCGGCGGCGACGAGUGGGCGGCGAUGCAGCAGCAGGACCAGGAGUUCUGGUCCACGGCGUCCGCGCUGCAGCAGCUCACCGCCGCCGGCAGCGGCGACCACCACCAGCUGUUCCAGUUCCAGGCCGACCUGCCGCUGCAGGACCUCACCGGCUGGGUGCAGGGCUUCUCCGACGGCGUCUCGCCGGAGACCACCACCCAGCUCUGGAGCCUCGACGACAUCUGGAGGAUGCAGUGAAUAUACCAAUCAUAUCGUCGCUACAUUUUUUUUUUUGCGAGCAAUCGAUUAAUCAAUCACAUUACAUUGGGAUGCGUGUGUGAUACAACGGCAGAAGGGAGGGGAGACGAUCAAGGGAACCGUACCAAGCAAGAAAAUGUGUUCGUUCUUUUUCUUUUCUAUUUUAGCUCUAACUUUAUCAUAGAUUCUAGUACUAGAGAUAUCAGAAGUAUACAUACUGAAAAUUGGAAUUUCUUCUUCUCUUUCGGUUACCUUCCUCUUUUUGUUGGGAGCUUCUUGCUUCUUCCCUGUUAAGUUUCUUUCCCCUUUUUUUGGCCUCUCAAGGAAGUAGGGGCUGAUUUACAAGUGUUUAGGUUUUUCCCCCCUUUUUUUCUCAUAUAUGUUUAGUUUGAUUUACAAGUGUACUGAUAAUUGUCUAUUAAUGAAUUUAUCCUUAACUCGUCUUA